AUGUCAGGAACAGCAGCUUCAGGAUCAAAUGCGACGGUCCAGGAGGAGACCCAACUAACACGAUUCCCACAAUGUAAGCAGACAGAGAAAUGGGAACUAGAAAAAGUCGCAAGGACAUCUCACUGGCGGUUGGAACUCGGCGCGCUGAGGUCGCAAGAUCACAUCUGCCAUUCACGAGAACUGUUCGUCGAGAGUCCUACCAUCCACCCGAAAGAGUAUGGGACGAUCUUGUUCCCCGUAAUCAUUCGAGCUCCCUGCCAUGACGCCGGGUUCGCGGACCACUCGGUCUAUAUCACGGCCAAGUUUGCCCUUGAAGAUGUGUUGUACGACCCCGAUGCGCCGAGGAAUCGUAUCGCGAGCGCCCUUCUCAAGGCUCAGUGUAACGAAUUUGGAAAGUUGAUACGUACUCGUGAUGGGGGCCAUGGAUUCUGCAUCUUUAACGAGAAUACCUAUUUGCCGGUCGAGUACACCCAGGAAAAUAUUGUCAAUAUGAGGAUGUCUUCAGGUCAUGGGGAUGUCGUUUUCGUAGACGAGAACGGCACUCUGAAUAUGUAUAUGUUCAACGAGGCGUCUAACUCAGCCGGCAGUAUGCCUCCUGAGAACGGCACAGACCAUCAGCACAAUGACCAUGGUCCGGACGAGAGAUCGGAAGAGGUAUUGAGAGGUGAAUUUGCCGGCCCAUCGGCUUCAACAGGAGUGGAUUCGUUCAUUUCUAUCGAUGAACGAGGAUACCAGACUAUCUACCAACGGUUGCGACUUCCUGAAGCGACACGUUCACAUCGCGAAAGAGGCCUGCCUUUGUCGGACAAUGGCGACAUGUAUCCGCCAUCACAGAAUCCCAGCAGUCAUACCGACCCAUUGGUGAUGCUCGGCCCCAAUCCAGGUCGUCGGUCGAGUUCAAAUCGCCGAAACAAUUUCCGUGUGCCAGAGUCAACGGCAAGGGCUGAGUCUCAGCAAAGCAGGCUCCCGUUGGAGGGAUCCGCAAUUAAUGGCUGGAUAUUAAAUGCAAAGGGAUAUCAACACAAAUGCAAUGAUCAUCGACUAUUCCGCCAAAUCCUGAUCCCUAACACAACAUGGUUUGAGGAAGGAACGCCAUCACGUCCAUACGGUACAGUGGUGCUGCCCAUCUUGCCUGGAAUCGGACACCAACAUCCGUAUCGGGUGAGCGUCAUGACGCUAUCGAACGUCGUUUUCACCCCGGAAGCGAAGUAUUCCGAGAUGAGUUGGCCGCUGCUCCGAGCUGAAGGGUUCCGCAUGACUCGCAUAUUCGACGACAUGCACCUGUUCGAAUUGCCUGCCGCGUUCGCAGAGAGUGCGGUGUAUGCUAUUUGGCACCGUUCUCUUCCUGGUGUGCAUUGGUUCUACGCCAAUGAAAUUCCGGGACACGGUGAUAAGCUUGGAGUUUUGCUUCCGCUUUUCGCGAUGGAAGAAUGGAGAAGGGGUAUUGUGGAGGGCAGACUUGGAACAAGCGCCGAAAUGCAGGGGCCAUUCGCCUGGACAGAACCAAGUGAGUGUAGAGGGUUUGGGCGUGCACUGCAAGACUCUAGUUUGAGUGACCGGUGGGAGUGGAAGUACUUUGGUUGGGUUGAUGGUAGAGUUGUAGGAUUGGAACCGAGGUGCUGGUAG